AUGAUGUUGCCUAGUGUAGAAAUGGUGCAGCUGGAGCAGCGCUGUAAACAGGCCGAGCUGGAGCAGUUCCCCCCGAGCCCGCAGUCCGCCGAGUCCGAACUCAGCUGCUCCAGCCCGGAGGGGAAAGCCCCCAGAGUGAGGAGACCCUUGAACGCCUUCAUCAUCUGGACCAAAGAGGAGCGCAGGAGGCUGGCCCAACUCAACCCUGAGCUGGAGAACACUGACCUCAGCAAGAUACUGGGUAGAACAUGGAAGGCCAUGUCUCUGGCUGAGAAAAGGCCGUACAUGCAGGAGGCAGAGAGGCUGAGGGUUCAACACACCAUCGAUCACCCCAACUACAAAUACCGCCCCCGCAGACGCAAGAGCAACAGACGCAGCUCCAAAACCCCGCCAAGUGACACCAGCACCUCUUCUAACCUCCACCUCAGCUACAUGCUCCACAACCAGGCCCUCCACUACCCCUAUACACACUCACACACAUUGUCUGACUCAUACACACACCCACACAGUCUGGCUUUCCCCACUCAUCAAACUGCAGCUCAGAAUGGUGCGGCGUUUCCAAACGGAGGAGUUUCCUUCUCAGAUGGAGCCUUCUUGAGCUCUUCUUUGGCGUACCCACAGCAGGCCAUGUGCCCAGCAGAACCUCAGUACUACAGUUCCCAGCAUGCAGUGCAGCAAAGAGUAGAGCACUGGGAUUGGCGAGGGACGGAGGUGUGUGGAUGUGUGCUGUGCUCAGGUGGACCAUCACUAGAGUUUUACCUGGAGCAGGUCCGAGUGGACAUGCUGGACCAACUUGACCGCAGCGAGUUCGACCAGUACCUCAAUCCAGUACCACCUAAAGACCAACACUGACCAGAAAUAUCCCAAAAUGACCAAAGAUCAGUUGUACCUUGACUGGGUAACCUGACCACAAGACACUUUGCAUGGGUCAAACCACUAGUAUGACCAGUUUGGU